UUUGACGAAUAACGGCGCAAUGUUAAUUCCCUCUCGAGGGCUUCAAUAGCAGAUCCUUUUAAUAAUGUUUUAUCAUGUUGAUAUAAAUUUGAACAAAUAAAUGCAUUUCAGAGACGUUAACCAUUCUUCUCAGGAAGUGGAAAGUGAACUUCCGGCUUUGCUUGUGUGUUCGUACUGGAGGUCACUUUGCUUAAAAAAAGCAACAGUCAUGGGUGGAGAUCACGGGCAUGGGCACGGCAAAUUGUCCAUGCCAGACUGCAAAGUGUGGAAAUGGGAAGGAACGCCGCUGGAAGUGACCCAGCAGAGGCUUGCUCGAAGAGGACUCAGGGACCCCUGGGCUCGGAAUGAGGCAUGGAGAUAUACUGGCAGCUUUGGCAUCCCUGUUACCUUCCGAGAUAUUCUCCUCCGUGGAUUUAAGACUGGAUUCGCAGCAUUUGCAGUGGCGCUGGCAGUCGAGUAUGCUUUCUUCCCACCAAAGAAGUCGGAGCACUAAUAUCAUGGCUUGCCUAUAGUAGUUACAGCUCAGGAGAGCCAAUCACCACCGGACUCUGUGUUUCCUGCAGGUUUUAAGCCUGUUGUUGUUUUCCAUAAAGACAUUAGCCCAUGAAAGCCCAUCCUAUACCUAUGUGUUGAAUCAUUAUUAUGUUUCCCAUGACCAAUCUAAAUAAUAAAUAUAAGUGAAUUUGAAUGUUUCAUGGAUAUUUGUAGUCAUAUGUUUAGAGCCAUCAGUCUUUAAAUCUUUCACUGAUAUUACUUAUUUAGAUAAAUAUUUACAUCUGGCUUUAAAAAUAAAUACUAGUGUUUUUUUUUUAUUUUUUAUUAUUAUGGGUGUAUAAAGAGAGUCACAUGGGUGCUAUUCUUAAAUAAUAGAUAAAUAAAUCUUAAAAUAAAUACUCAGUUAUAACAUGUAUUAUAACUGUUUCUACACUGCAAGUAAGUGCUGCAACAAGACUAGGACGCUCAUGUUAUAAUAUGCAGAGUAAUUUUUUUAAUGUCUUUCUCAAUUUCUUUAGUAGUUAAAUAGCUACCAGGAAAGAAAAAGAUUGAACAAAAUAAGGUUAUAUACACUAUAUGGCCAAAAGUUUGUGGACACCAUAUGUGCUUGAUGAACAUUUGAUUUCAAAACCGUAGGCAUCAAUUUCCCCCUUUGCUGUAAUAACAGCUUCCACUCUUUUGGGAAGACUUUCCGCUAUACUGUAUGUAGUAACAUGGCUGCAGGGAUUUGCUCUCAUUCAGGCACAAGACUAUCAGUGAGGUCAGGAACUGAUGUUGGUCGAUGGGGCCUGACUUACAGUUGCUGUUCCAGUUCACCCCAAAAGUGAUAAGUGAGGUUCAGGUCUGGGCUUUGUGCAGGCCAGUCAAUUUCUUCCACGCCAGACACAGUAAAUCAUUUCUUUAUGGACCUCACUUUGUUCACAGAGGCAUUGUCAUGCUGGAACAGAAAAGGGCUAUCCCCAAACUGUUGCCACAAAUUUGGAAGCACACAAAUCCCAAGCCAUUACAUAAAGAAACAUUAAGAUUUUUCUUUACUGGAUUUAAUGGAGUAACCAAAUUCAUUAAUUAGAAGGAGGUGUCCACAAACUUUUGGCCAUAUAGUGUAUUAUACUAGGUCUUAAUAGACACUGCACAUUUUCUGAUGUACUAA